CUCUGCGUUCUCUUCUUCUUUCUUGCAUCUCCAGACUUCCAUUAAAAUCUCCGCCCACUCUCUCUCUCCUUUCUUUAUAUUUUCUCAACCAAACCCUCUUUCCUUUUUAUAUACAUUCCCGAUCACAAGCUGUACAUAUACAAUCUCUCUCUCUCUCUCACACACACACUUCUAGAGAGAGAGAAGAGGAGAAAAUGGUGGCCAUGUUGCAGGGAAUUGGAGUAGCGUCAGCAUCUGCAACACCUCUAGAUCACUACAACAAAUUGGGUGUUUCCUCUGUCCAAUCACUCCCAGUGAUCAGAUCCGAGGGAAGAUCGAAUUUGGGAUCCAUUUUCGGAGUCUGCAGGGCAAGAAAAUUGAUUACCAAAGCCGUUGCAGCAAAGGCUGAUAGCAAUGCAACUUCUGACUCUUCAAAAACUGGGUAUGAGCUCUUGCUGUUUGAAGCCCUAAGAGAAGGGCUCGAGGAAGAGAUGGCCAGAGAUCCUCGGGUUUGUGUUAUGGGGGAAGAUGUGGGCCACUAUGGGGGCUCGUACAAGGUUACUAAGGAUCUGGCUAACAAGUUUGGAGAUCUCAGAGUGCUCGACACACCCAUUGCUGAGAACUCCUUUACAGGCAUGGCCGUGGAGCAGCCAUGA